UCAAUUCAAAAAAUCACAGUAAACAGGGUAGUGAUCGAGAUAUUAGACUAUACACAGUUGAUAUUACACGAUCAUGGCUUCCAAGAGUGUGCCUUUUAGGCUCUUCUUCUGUAUGGCGGUGGCGGUGGUGGUUAUGGUGAUCUUAACCGGGCCUUCCAGUGCGGGCAAUAUGCCUUCUACCAAUGAAGAAGGCCGUGACUACGACAAGAUGAAAGAAAAGACACAGCAAACGCAGAACAAGGCGGCGGAGACGGCAAAAGAAGCCAAAGAAACUUCGGAGACUUGGACGGAAUGGGCCAAGGAGAAGUUCACUGAAGGGCUUGGGUUUAAGGACACCGCCAAUGAAGCCAAGGAUGAUGCUCAGAAAGCUUCUGAAACAGUUUCUGAUACUGCUAAGAGGAGCAAGGAGAAAGUUCAGGAGGUUUCUUCAGAUGCUGGUGAGCGUAUUUCUGACAAGGCAAGAAAAGCGAGAGAUGCUGCAACAGAGAAAACCGGUGAAACUAUGAAUGUGGCGAAGGACAAGGCGUACGAGACUGCCAAAUCGGCUAAGGAUAUGGCCUACAACACGGCUCAGGCUGCAAAGGAGAAGGCCUACGAGGCUGCCCAGAAGGCCAAAGAGAAGGUUUACGACGCCACGGGUGCGGCCAAGGAGAAGACCUACGAGGCGGCGGAGAAGGCCAAAGAGGAGGCUUAUGAAGGCAGUGGCGCCGCCAAGCAGAAGGCAGAGGAGGUGAAAGAGAAGGUGGCGCAGAAGGCAGAGGAAGGGAAGAAGAAAGAGUGGGAGACGGAGGAGCAGCUGAGUAGGGAUAAGGAUGCGGCUAAGAAGAGAGCAGAGGAGACUUUGGAGUCUGCCAAGGGCACCAUUAAGUCGAACUAUGAGGCUGCAAAGGACAAAGUAGGUCGAGGUCGAGAUGAGGAGCUUUGAACAAAUGGGCACUGUGUUUUGUUUCGUUUUGUUUGAAAUUUAAGAUUGUGUAUGAUAAUAUGCUUUUGAAGCUUUUGCUUUUUUUUUUUUUUUUUUGGUUCUAUUUUGUUUUGUUUUGAUAUAGGUGGGUUUAUGGUACCCAAGGAAAUACUAUAAGAGAAAGUAUGUAGUGCAGUUUCUUUGCCCAUGUUAUGUUCUUAUUGAUCCGAAUUGUGUUUACUGAUAUAGUAGAUUAUUUUGUUUCUCCUAGUGUUGUUAGUAUUAAGUAGUUAGUAUUAGUGUCUGAUGUUGAGUGUUGUGUGUUGUGAAAAUAUGAUCGAACACACACCAGAAAGCACAGAAGAACAAUGGAGAACGAGAACACAAACUCACACACAAUCAACACAAGUGAUGCCUCUCUCUCUCUCUCUUUUUGUUA